AUGGAACUAAGCGAGUUGAUCCAGUUCAAGGGCGAAUAUUUGGCGCCGGAUGACAAGACGGGAAUUGUUUAUAAGCUGAAAAAAGAUGCCGCAGUUCCCUGGGUGUAUCUUGGAGAUGGGGAUGGGCAGAGUGAACACGCCUUCAAAACCGAGUGGAUGACCGUCAAGGGAAACGCGAUUUAUGCGGGUUCUCACGGAACAGAAUGGCUAAAUGACGAUGGCAGCAUCAAAAAUUAUAAUCGCAUGUUCAUUAAGAAAAUCACCACCUACGGUAACGUCUUCCACUUGAAUUGGACCGAAAACUACCAGAAAUUGAGGAGCAAGUUGGAGAUAGACUAUCCUGGCUACGUCAUCCACGAGGCUGUACUUUGGAGCGAGGUUCACAAACGUUGGUUUUUCCUGCCCAGACAAGUCUCCCGAGCGCCGGUGAUGAAAAACAGCUUUGACAACAUGCAGGGCUCCAAUCUCCUGCUCACCACAUCGGACUGCUUUUGCGAUAUCACCAUCACCGAGAUUGGGCCGUUGAAGUUGGAGCUCGGGUUUUCGAGUCUAACCUUCGUACCGGGCACAAAUGACAACCUCAUCGUCGCGAUAAAAACGUUUGAACGGACCGGGUACCCGUCGACUUCAUUUUUAAUGCUCUUCGACAUCCACGGCCAGCUCUUCCUCGACUCGGUCGUCGACAACCUCCUCCCGGCAGCCAUGCCAUUUUUGUUGACAAUCUACAAGGAUAAGGAUGAAGCCGAUAAAGCCUGGGAGUUCCUGGUCUCCAGCCGCAUCUACGGUCUAGCUGUUGGCUGCUUUCUCUCCGUCCUCUUCUCGAAUCGGCCGCUCCUGAUUGCCCUCUUCGUGCAGUCAUUUGUGCAUUUGGAUGAUUGGCUCUGGAUUUCCUAUUCUACGCAAAUUUUCGAAAAUGUUGGCCUGACAGCGAAUCGGGCACAGAGAGCUUCCUUGUUGAUGUCGUUGCCUCAGGCCAUCAUCUCCCUAGCCUUACUCGGCUGUUUCGACAAUUUCUCGAGAAGAGCUCUACUGAUCAUCCCCACCAUGGCCAGUGUCGUUUUUGGGAUGUUGGCCAUAUUCUUCACGAUAUUUGAGAAAGCCCUACUCCACGGCAUUCCCAUCGCCAUCAUCCUGCCCGUGUUGGCCGCAUUUGACCUUUCGGCUGCAGCGAUAUCCGGCGAAAGCGCUUUCGCCAUUGUCCCUGAGCUUUUCCUGCAUAACGACAAGAUUCUGGGCACGGCGAUUGUUGGCAUUGCACAGAACGUGUUCGGCGGCAUUCUGACGAACUGCUUGCUGACGGCGGUGAACCACCUCGGUACUGGGAACGUGUUGGUGCCGUUCGUGGGGAUGAACGUGGUCUACGUUGUCGUCAAUUAUUGGUACUUGCCGGAGACGGCCGAGAAGACGCCCCAGGAAGUUUCCAUCCACUUCUCAGCCGAUCCCCCUCUCCAGGGUACCAUCACCUACAUGUCGCGAAAACUCGGAGACCUCUACCACUUUUUCGUUCCGGCCAAGUUGUUCAGCUUCGCCAAUAUUCUCAAUAUUCUAAUUUUCGUUGCCCAAGUGGCGUUCUGCGUGAUUUUUAUGAAUGUCUUUUACGGGGUCGGGGUCCAGAUUUUCCGCUUACUGGUCCAU